UUCCUGCCAAUGAUGAUACUCUUAAUAAUUGUAAGACUGAAUUGGUGCUUGUAGGAAAUAUAGGAUCACCGGUUUUUAAUGGAGGAAAUCAGCAAACUUGGAUGCCAUUGAUAUCUGCCUAAAUCUACCAAAAUAAACAACAUGGAAAAAGAAUCAAACCUCCCCGACAAUCACAAUCAAGAAAAAGAAGGAACAACAUCUCAUCAUGCUAUUACUGUUCUUCAGGCAGACCAAGAAUGGUUAGCUUCAAUGGAAAAAAAGAUCAUGCAGAUGCCGAAAUUAUUGAACAAAUCAGCAGGUAAGAGUUCUUGUUGCAUCUUUAGAAUACCUCAAAGCCUUGUCGAAAUUAACGAGAAGGCUUAUCAACCUCAUAUAGUCUCCAUUGGCCCGUACCACCAUGGAAAAGAACAGCUCAAAAUGAUUCAAGAACAUAAGGGGAGAUUUCUUGGUUCUGUUCUUGCUCGGACGCAAAAACACGGUGUUUGUCUCAGUGAUUUCUAUAAAGCAAUAGCAUCAAUGGAGGAAAGGAUUAGAGAGUGUUAUUCAGAGAAUAUAGAAUACAGUAGUCAUGAUUUCAUUGAAAUGAUGGUUCUUGAUGGAUGCUUUAUUAUCGAGCUCUUUUGCAUAGUUGGAAGGUUAGUACAAACUGAUCUUGAUGACCCUAUAUUUAAUAUGUCAUGGAUGUUAUAUUUUCUUAUGAGAGAUCUUUUAAGAUUAGAGAAUCAAAUUCCCUUUUUUGUUCUUCAAACUCUAUUUGAACUAUCAAUUUUAUCUUCAAGAAAGGAAAACAUUCCCUCCUUAACUGAACUUACAUUAGGAUUCUUUGAUUAUGUUGUUCAAAGACCCACGGAAGUUCUAGAUGGAUACAAGAACCUUAACGGAAAACAUUUGCUUGAUUUGUUUCGCUUGACUUUUAUUCCUUCAUCACAAGAAGAGCAUAAAAAGAUAAGUCCAUUCCUUCAAUUGAUUCAAUCUGCUAAGAAGCUUCGUUUAGCUGGAAUACAUUUCAAGCCUAGGGAGACAGAAAGUUUCUUGGAUAUAAGAUUUAGUCGCGGAGUUCUUGAAAUCCCUACUUUGACAGUUGAUGAUUUUACAAGCUCAUUCUUGCUUAAUUGUGUAGCAUUUGAGCAAUGUUAUAAUCAUUGCUCCAAGCACAUGACAAGCUAUGUUACUUUCAUGGGUUGCCUCAUUGUCACACCUAAUGAUGCAGGGUACUUAAAUGAUAAUAGGAUCAUUGAAAAUUAUUUUGGAACUGAAGAGGAAGUUGCAAAAUUCUUUAAUAAUGUAGGAAAAGACAUUGCUUUUGAUAUCCAAAGGAGUUAUUUGGCCAAGUUGUUUGAGGAUGUUAAUGAGUAUUACAGGAACAAUUGGCAUGUAAGAUGGGCAGGCUUUAGGCAUACAUACUUUAACACUCCCUGGUCGUUCAUGUCUGCCUUAGCUGCUCUUAUAUUACUCGUUCUUACUGUUAUUCAAACUUUCUUUUCUGUCUAUGGAUAUGUCCGUCCUUCUAACGAUGGUGGUUGAUUUCCAUUUGAAGAUAGAAUCAUCACAUUGUAGAUAUCUAAAUUUUAGUCUUGUUCAGAGAAUUCUUGGAUAUUUACAAUGUCUGAGAAUAUAGUAGCUUAUUAGAUUAUCGUUGCAAUUUGCAAUUUGCUUAUCAGAUUAUUGUUUAAAGAAUAUAGUAGCUUAUUGAUGAAUCAAUUGAACAAAUGGGUUGUCAAUUCAAAAGGGUUUUGUUUUCGA